CCUGCAGGACACUGAUCCUAACCUCUCUCAUGUGCGCCCCUCCCGGCCAUACAUGUAGGUUAUUGAUGCGUUUGGCGUUCCUCGAACCCAAGAUCAAUUGAUGACAACUUAUUUGAGUAUUGUUAAAGGGUGAGGUCUUGGGUUCGAAUAACGCCAAGCGCAUCAAUAACAUACAUAUAUGGCCGGGAGGGGCGCACAUGAGAAGGGUUAGGAUCAGUGCCUUGCAGGACUGUGCCGGAUUCCGAGUGAGCGGCAUGGGUUGUUACAGAUUCGUGUUUGAUGAAAGGAGCCCGGGCACAAGUAAAGCUGGUGGAUUUUACUCAUGUUCUUGAUGGAAAUGGUGUCAUCGACCAUAAGUUCUUGGGUGGACUCUGCUCUUUCAUAAAUUUCAUACAAGAUAUACUUGAGAGCUCGGACAACAGCAAUCAAACCGAUACUUCCCGGUCUGAAAAUGGGCACUAGGUGUUUCCCUCUGACUCGUUUCAAAUUAUGUGUUUGGACAUAAACUUUUUGUCCCCUUCAGUUGUAUAAUACUUCAGUUUCAAGUUAGCUAAGCCUAUGAAGCUUGUUUGGUGUCCUGUUAUAGCAAAGCUAAAUUGCAUAUAUUUGUUAAACAAAAUAAAAUCAGAACUAGAAGAAGUAAUAAUGUCAACAUCAGUACGUUGAAACAUUAGUGAAAAGUAUUCCUUAGAAGCGAUUUUCAUCUUAGAACAUAAUCUUAAUCAAAAAGCCUCUAAGUAGUGUACUCAACUCUAAGCCACAUAUCGCCUAGAAACAGUGUGUUUUUUUUUUGCUUUACUUUAGUUUCUAUAUAUAUAUCUGAAUAUUUACAAGCUAAGUAGUCUUCAAUGAUGAAACUCUUCUUCUUGAUCUUGUUUUGUGCAAUCUUCUUAACUGUCUCUUCAGAUUCAGACAAUAUGCAAGACACUUGUCCGACGGCUCAAGGAGAACAGAGCAUCUUCUUUAUCAACGGCUAUCCUUGCAAGAACCCGACCGAGAUCAACGCUCAGGAUUUCAAGUCCACCAAACUUACUGUAGCCGGAGACACAGACAAUUAUCUCCAGUCCAACGUCACAAUGCUCACAGCAUCAGAGUUUCCAGGCCUCAACACUCUUGGCCUCUCUGUCUCACGCACUGACCUCGAAAGGGACGGAUCCGUGCCGCUCCAUUCGCAUCCAAGGUCAUCCGAGUUGCUCUUCGUGGUCAGUGGAGUCGUGUUCGCUGGAUUUGUCGAUACCAACGACAAGAUUUUUCAGACGGUUCUGCGGAAAGGCGAUGUCUUCGUCUUUCCUAAAGGUUUGCUUCAUUUCUGCUUGAGCGGUGGCUUCGAACGAGCCACCGCUCUCUCCUUUUACAAUAGCCAGAGUCCCGGAGUCGUGAAUAUCGGAGGCGUGUUUGGGGUCGAUCAAGAACGUAUAGUGAACAUCACGAGGUCGUUAGUUACGGACCAUGAUGAGCUUUAAGUUGUUUCUCUUUCAAAAUGUUAUUAAAAUCAAAACCAGAGUUACAUGA